AUGCCCCUCUACGCCUCUGUGCACGUCUCUCCUCCCAUCCCCAUCACCGGGCCCGGCGGCAAACCUGGCGGCCUCUGGUCCCCCAUCUCCUGCACACUAAUCCACACGGCCACCCACGCCGUCCUCGUCGACACGCCCAUUACAAAAUCCCAAGUCGACGCUCUGAUCACCUGGAUUGAACAAACGCUCCACAAAGGCACCCAGCUCAAGUACAUCUACAUCACGCAUGGACAUGGCGACCACUGGUUCGGCAUCGGCCAGCUGCUCAAGAAAUUCCCCGGUGCAAAGGCCAUCGCGACCAGGGGAACGAUCGAGCACAUGAAGGGCCAAAUUGAGCCCAAGACAUUCAAUGCGAUGUGGGGAUCGCGUUUCCCAAACCAGAUCGACACAGACUUUGUGUUUCCAGAACCGCUUCCGCAGACGCCGAGUAAGAAAUUCUACCUCCCCAGCCCUGAGAAGGAAGACGGCUACGAACUCGAAGCCAUCGAAGUCGGCCACUCGGACACCCACUCCAGCACCGUCCUCUGGGUGCCCUCCAUUCGCCUCGUGGUAGCGGGCGACGUCGUGUACGGCGACGUGCACCAAAUGCUCGCCGAAGCCAACACGCACCUCCUGCGCCUCGAAUGGGUCCGUGCCAUCGAACAAGUCAUGGCACUCCACCCCGUCGCCGUGGUGCCGGGCCACAGGAAACCGCACGAACUGGACGGCGCGUGGCAUCUUGAGAACUCCCGCCGGUAUAUCCUGGAUUUUGACCGGUUGGUGGAGAGCGGGAGGAUCAAGGACGGGAGGGAGCUCACGCGGGAGAUGAAGAAGCUGUGGCCGACGAGGCUUAACGACGGGGCGUUGAUUUUGGGGAGUAUGAUCAAUUCCUGCAUAUACCAAGAUCUGGCCGCGACUCAAGAGCCCGGGUCCACUCCUGAGGUAUACCGAAUCACGUCUAAGCACCUCCGAUGUCUUCCAAAAUACCCUAAACAUUUACAAUUGAGCUUUGUUUGUAUGACCCUUAGCCACCGCAUCAACAAGAUGGGAUAUGAACCUCAGUGUACCUCCCUGCUUGAAAGAUUUUAUCGCUAUCGUGACAUUGCCAUCCGCUCUCUUAAUGAAGAAAUAGACGUGAAGCAAAAGCACGUGGGUAUUUCCUGCGCAGCAAUGGAACUGAUUGACCGUGCUAUUAUUGAACUGGCGAAAUCAUCUCGAGGGCAUGCAGAGAUUGAUUUGGCUUCGUGGAGGUAUUCGAGCGUGGUCGAGCUCCAAAGUAGUGGAGCCGCUAUUGCUUUGCUUCGUCUUGUAUUCUUUGGCAAUACAACAUCUCCUGCAUCUGACCUCGCCAUGGCCACUUUGCACCUUGACAAUCUCGACUACCCUUUGCAACUCUAUUGUGCGGGAGAUCACCGAACGUGUCCUUCUUUGUUUGUCGCGGAGAUCAUCAGGAUAAAUCACCUUCGCUCGCGAACCACGAAAGACGAGUUCACGGAUGAGAAUCUAUCGCAAGAGACGUACGAAAUAUUGCGCCGCAUCGAAGAGUUUUCGCCGGAACAGUGGUCUGAAACUAAAGCUUCGUCACAAAGAGAUUGGAUGCUGCUAGCCAACAUCUACCAGGCUCCUGUGGCUCUAUACUGCAUCUCUUCACUCCAGAGCCUGUCGGUGCUGCACCACGAUGGGCCAUUGAGUGUACAAUGUGCCAUACAUGGUCAGCGGCUGCAAGUACAUCUUGACCAAGCGUCGUCAUCGCUGAGACUGAACCAAUUCCUGCUCUGGCCACUGGUGGUUCUCGGUGUGGAAGCUACACAUGGGCCCACAGGUGUGCGUACUUUUGUCAAGAAGCUGCUAACUGAGAUGGAGCCGUCGUGUAGACACCUGUGCGCCUCUGACCGCCAAAUCCGUUCUGGAAAGAUUCUGGGUUUUGGGCGGGACUAA